GUCGGGAUCACGUGACGGUCGCUUGGGUUGUUCUCCUCCGGAGAGGUGAGCGGCGCUUUCAGAACUUCCUGUCAGGCUGAGCGGCCCUGGAGGCGGAUCUGACCCGCACAGGUUCCUCAUCAUGGCUUCAUCCUCCGUAACAAGGUACAAUUCAAACUCCUUGGAAAAUGCUUCCAUAAAAAGGACUCCAAACGAAGAGCAGAACAAUGAAGUCCCACUCUUGCCUGGAGAAACCCACAUGACAGAUAAGGAAGUAAUUUACAUGUGUCCAUUUAAUGCUCCAGUUAAAGGAAGGCUAUAUGUCACAAACUAUAAACUGUACUUCAAAGGUGAGGAGACGGAGCAGAUAAUUGUGUUUGAAGUUCCUCUUGGUGUUAUUGCAAGGAUUGAGAAGAUGGGCGGUGCAUCAAGUAGAGGAGAAAAUUCAUAUGGUCUUGAUAUAACCUGCAAAGACAUGAGAAACUUGCGCUUUGCUCUAAAACAGGAAACACACAGCAGAAAACAGAUAUUUGAAGAUCUGACAAGACAUGCCUUUCCUCUUUCACAUGGUUUGCAAUUCUUUGCAUUUGUAAGUGAAGAAAGAUUUUCCAAUAAUGGCUGGAAUAUUUAUGAUCCUGUUAAAGAGUUUCAGCGGCAGGGUUUACCGAACAGUAAUUGGAGGUUAAGCUUUAUUAAUAAAACUUAUGAAUUCUGUGAUACCUACCCUUCUCUGUUAAUGGUGCCGUUUAAUGCCUCGGAUGAUGAUCUCAGGAAAGUGGCUGCCUUCAGGUCCAGGAACAGGAUACCGGUUUUGUCAUGGAUACAUCCAGAAAAUCAGCACGUCAUCACAAGGUGCAGUCAGCCAUUAGUGGGUAUGAGCGGCAAGCGGAAUAAAGACGAUGAGCGCUACCUAGAGAUCAUCAAGGAUGCCAAUAACCAAACCUCAAAACUGACCAUUUAUGAUGCCAGGCCAAAUGUAAAUGCUGUGGCCAACAAGGCAACAGGAGGAGGCUAUGAGAGCGAGGAUGCAUAUCCCUUUGCAGAACUUGUCUUUCUAGAUAUCCAUAACAUUCAUGUAAUGAGAGAAUCUCUGAAAAAACUGAAAGAUAUUGUAUUUCCAAACGUCGAGGAAUCUCACUGGCUAUCCAGCUUGGAAUCUACGCACUGGUUAGAACACAUUAAGCUGGUCUUAACAGGAGCCAUACAAGUAGCAGAUAAAGUGGCCUCUGGAAAAAGUUCUGUGGUUGUGCAUUGCAGUGAUGGCUGGGAUCGAACCGCCCAGCUGACGUCUCUGGCCAUGCUGAUGCUGGACAGCUACUAUAGGACGGUAGAAGGCUUUGAAGUGUUGGUACAAAAGGAGUGGAUUAGUUUUGGGCAUAAGUUUUCAUCGAGAAUCGGACAUGGUGACAAGAAUCACACUGAUGCCGACAGAUCUCCAAUUUUCGUUCAGUUCAUUGACUGUGUGUGGCAAAUGUCUAAACAGUUUCCAACAGCGUUUGAGUUAAAUGAGCACUUUCUGAUCACUAUUCUGGAUCAUCUCUACAGCUGCCGAUUUGGCUCUUUUUUGUAUAACUGUGAGUCCGUGAGGGAAAAAGAGAAACUGAGAGAAAAAACACAGUCCCUGUGGUCCUGGAUAAACAGUGACAAGUCAAAGUACAUAAAUCCCUUUUACACCAAGGAGUUGAAUCGAGUCUUAUACCCAGUUGCAAGCAUGCGUCAUCUGGAGCUCUGGGUCAACUAUUAUAUUAGGUGGAAUACAAGAAUCAGACAGCAGCAACCAAACCCAGUGGAACAGCGUUACGUUGAGCUCCUGGCUUUACGAGAUGAUUAUAUAAAGAAACUUGAAGAACUUCAAAUCUCAAAUUCCCCAAAAAUGAACAACUCCUCCACCUCCCCUCCCUCACCUUCCCGAAUCAUGCAAACCCCGUUUUGAACAGAAGAGAAAAUUCUUUGUAUGAAGUAUAAAUACGGACUCUGCUCAUAUUGGAGGCCAUUUUGAAUGAUGCCUUAAUUUGGAUGAAGUUUGAGUCUUCAUGGUUGAAUAGAAAUGUGCCUUUUCAAGACUUCGAAAUAUUAUCUUUUUAUAUGUUGCACUGAUCUGUAGGUCCUGUUAAAUAUUCUAUGUAGGAAAAGCUCCCUUGCUGGCUUUUAACCAUAUCACAUUGGACUUGUGAAUAUAUAUUAACCAGAGUAAAUGGUGCGAUUUCUGUUGCUAUUUUGAAGGAUUUUUCUUUCUGUAAACGGCAUCCUUCAUGCUUCUGUUUGAGACAGUCCACAUGUAUUGUACAAUGUGCUCCGGGAUCAUAUAUUCUCUGUGCUGGUCACACAGGGCAACUUGUAUUUUGUACAGCUACAUGGUAUAUUUCUCAGCAUUUACUACUGUUCAUCAGAAAAAAACAUCUUUCCAUAGGCUGAGUAGAUGAGUAAUCUAUAGGUAUGCACCCCGUGUAUGUUAAAUCUAUUGGGUUGUGCCCUGAUUCCCAUUGUUCAGGCAUUUGGACAGAUACAUUGCAGUAGAUAUUGUCUCCCACCAUAGCUGUAAUGAUCAGUGUGUGUUUGUGGUUUAAAGGGUUACUCCGCACGUAGACAUCUUAUCCCCUAUCCAAAGGAUAAGGAAUAAGAUGUCUGAUCACGGAGGUCCCACCGCUGGGGACCCCCACGAUCUCUGUGCAGCACCCGGCCUUCGUUUAGAACGCUUGGAGCGGGCCGCGUGGGUCGUGACCUCACUGCCACGCCCCCUCAAUGCAAUCUAUGGGAGGGGGCGUGGCAUGCUCUCUCCCAUAGACUUGCAUUGAGAGGGCGUGGCCGUGACAUCAUGACCCACGCUGCCUGCUCCAAGCGUUCGGAACAAAAUGUUCCAAAUGCUGGGGCAGCGGAGUACCCCUUUAAGCCCUCUCUGUAGAUGCUUGCUUGCUUGCUUGUUAACACUUAGGAUUUGACACAGACUUUGUGAUGUAUUCAAGGGGUAGAGAAAGUUAAACAGAUUUGUAAAUUACUUC